UUUAUAGUUAAAUUAAAAAUCAAUAUUGUAAUAGGUUUAUCAAUUAGUAAUAGAUAAUUAUUAAUGUGAAAUUAAAGUUUUUGUAUCCACUGCACAAAUUCUUAAAAAACUCAAAUUGUAAAAUUUUUUAAGGUGUACUGAGAGCACAUAAGAAACACAGCUUCAUAGCAUUUUAUUUAAAUUGACAUUUAAAGAGAGAAUAAAAUUUAUUUACAUGCACGUGCGUGCCGGACACUUGUAAACUAUUUGGAAGAAUCGUUUUUUGUUUUACAAUUUACGCACUAAAAUGUCUCUUUUAAGAAUUAGAAAACCUAAAACCCGCAAGGGUAAAAAGGUUUUGUUGGCGAGGGAACCACAACUAAUUGAACCCACCAGAAAUAUGCUUUUCCUUGACGGUCGUAAAUGUGGGGGCGAUGUUAAAACAUGCAUGAAAGAUAUGCAACAAUUAAAAAAGCCUUUAGUCAAAGUUUUAAACAGAAACAAUGAUAUCAAUCCCUUUGAUGAUCCAACAUCUUUAGAAUUCUUAACAAUGAAGAACGACUGUGCCCUAUUUGCAUUUGGUUCAACAACAAAAAAACGCCCAAAUAAUUUAAUACUCGGGCGCAUUUUUGAAAAUGAGAUUUUGGAUAUGGUAGAGUUAGGCAUAAAGCGCUACGGUGCUAUGGCAGACUUCAAAACAGAUAAAAUUGGUACCUGCGUAAAACCGUGUUUAGUUUUUAACGGUCCAAAGUGGAAUCAGACAGAGGAGUUGCGUCGUCUUCGUAAUUUAUUGAUAGAUACAUUCCAAAAGGACAAAGUUGACGCGAUACGUUUACAAGGCAUUGAGCAUGUAAUGGGUUUUACUUGUACUGAUGAUAUGACAAUUAUAAUGCGGUCCUAUAAAAUACUCCUAAAAAAAUCCGGUCAAAAAACUCCACGCAUCGAGUUAGUAGAAAUUGGUCCAGGCGCUGAUUUUUCCAUAAGACGUACCAAGAUUGCAUCAGAAGAUCUAUACAAGCAGGCUAGAAAACAACCAAAGGAAAUGAGAGUAACAAAGAAAAAGAAUAUCACACGCGAUGAGCUUGGUAAUACGCAUGGUCGCGUACAUUUGGGUAAACAAAAUGUGGGCAAGAUUCAGACAAGAAGAGUGAAAGGUUUGAAGAAAACACCAGAAGAAAAACGAGCAGAUCGACAGAAAAAAAAGACGCUAUUAAAAGCUGCUGCAAAGGAAGCAGUAGCAAACGCUGUUUAAUAAAAAUACAUUGAAAUUUCACAUAUUGCACAUGAAUGCUAGACAUUUAUUUCUUAAAUUAGAUAUAGUUUGGCCAAUAAAAUAAUUUUAAAUGCUA